AUGAAUAUCUACCGAUUCUCCUCAAUAUUUUCAAAUAUAAUCUAUUUUUCCGCAAUUUUCGCGUUACGUUACAAAUGUCCCGAAUCUUUCCGAAAAUAUCAAACCCUAUUAUGUGUUCAUACUGUGGCGAAUUUGAUAUUGGAAAAUUAUUUGACAACACUCUGGAAAAUUAUGAUAACUACGCCUUGGAUGAGUGUUUGUGGAUUUGGAUUGAUUUAUGAUUAUCCAGCGGUUAAUAUUGGAGUUUUUGUGAUACUUUUACAAAUUACAGCUUCGACAAUUGUGGUUUUAUUAGAAUAUCGGAUGAAGGCGGUGGUCUCUUUGAAUCAUAGAAAUAUAGCGAAACUUGCAAGUGUUUUGAAACAUUUUUACACUUUGACGCAAGUUGUAGUUUUCUUUAGUUUUCUGUAUGCUUAUGAUGAUUUUCGAUAUCAAAAUGACUAUAAAUUGGAAGUCGAUGAGGUUUUUUUUUUCAAAUCAAAAACAAUUGUUAACCCUCAAGUGUUUCAGGUCGAUGGCCCUCUCCCUGAAUUCGUUUUUUGCGACAAUUGUAUUAUUUUCAACCUACAUUCCUGGAAAACUAUAGCCUUUGCAUUGGCCGCCACGUUUUCCACAACUAUUGCCGCAAAUUCUGGACUCUUAAUGGCUUUUGCAUCCUAUCACGCGUUAGCCCAAACUUCUACAAUGUUUUCCAAAAGAACCAUGCUUGUUCAAAGAUCCUUUCUGCGAAGUCUUUUCAUUCAACUCGCUGUUCAUUUUUUGUUUUUAGUCGCCCCAAUUUUCAUAUUCUUUGCCGCAUUUUUGUUGAAACUUUCUAUGGAAAAAUGGCAGAUUUUUGUGCACUCUUUGACAGUUUUAUUCGCUCAACAUGGUUCGUUUUCAACUCUAGCUAUGUUAGGAUCAAAUAAGCAACUGCGACGCAAUUGUAGGUUAUACAUUUUCUGAAUGAUUUUUUUAACGAGGAAAUUUUUCAGUAAAUUUGUUCACCCAGAAAGUCAGACGGGGACUUCAAUUAAGCUCGAAUAUCGAAUCGGAUCGGAAUCUAAAUCAAACAUCUUUCGCAUUUCAGCAGUAUAAUCAGAACGCCACAAGACUUGCUACAAAAAUUAAUUAA